CAGACACAGAGCUGACCAGUGUGCCAUGGAAGGACAGCACCAGUAAAGCAGUCGACACCAGCCAGCUGCUGCUGCAUCCAGAAUGACCCGCCUGGGUCACUGCCUCCUCUAUCUUCUGAUCAGAAGUCUCUCUGGGACCUCCUAUAACUCCUCACAUGAACCAAGGAACCCUUUGGUUGCAGCCCCCGUGGCCCCAGGCGAGAUGCUGCAGACUGCAGAAGGGGUGUGCAUGCUCACAGGACAGAGGCUGAGCUGGUGGCAAGCCCAAGAGUCCUGCGACCAGAGGUUUGGUCACCUGGCCCUGAGGCCCCCAGAAAGGGCUCUGGCUCCACGGCUGCCUAACUCGGUCUGGGUGGGACAAAGAGAAGCCGCCCUGCGAAGACAACCGCAGAGGCGCGAGCACAGCACGGCCGCGCUGGUGUUCGGCGAAAGGACGGCGAAGAAGGCAGCAAGGCUGCCCGCGGCCCUCCCCGCGCUAGUGGCGCUCACGGCCUGCGCGCACGUUCAGUGCGACGCGGCAGCGACCGAGGUGGCCACCGUCUUCUCCCUGGCCGCGCCCAGCGUGGCCAACGCUCUGCAGCUGCGCGCCUUCGCUGAGCCCGGGGGCCCGGUGCGUGCCGCGCUGGUCGUGCGCGGCCACCACGCGCCCUUCAGCCACAUCUUCCGCUCUGACGGCCGCUGGCACCACGUGUGCGCCACGUGGGAGCAGCGUGGCGGUCGCUGGGCGCUGUUCGCCGACGGGAGGCGGCGCGCCGGGGCUCGGGGACUCAGCGCCGGGCAGCCAGUGCCGCCCGACGGUGUGCUCGUGCUGGGUCAGGAUCAGGACUCCCUGGGUGGCGGGUUCUCGGCUCGCGACGCCUUCGGUGGCAACCUCACCGACUUCCACCUGUGGGACCGGGCGCUGAGCCCCGCGCAAGUGAGCCGAGCUCGAGCCUGCGCGCCACCCCCGGGGGGCCUGCUCUUCCAGUGGGAUCCAGAGGCCCUGGACGUCACACCCCUGCUGUUGCCCGCUGUACCCGUGCGCCUGCUCUGCCCUGUACCCUCGGAAGAGUGCCCCACGUGGAACCCGGGACCCGGCACCAAGAGCUCUGAACUCUGCUUGCACCCACAGCCUUUUCUCUGCUGCUACUCAAAAGAGACCUAUCAGCAGCUUCAGGACUUCCAGUCAUGGCCUGAUCAGGACAUUAUCAGUAAAGUGAAUGCUUUGGCCAAUGCCACUGUGCUCCUCCCAAGCCCCCUGUCUGAAGUCCCCGGGAUCUUGUCCUUGGACAAGGCUUCUAGCUUCAUGGGUCUCCUGGAAAGAGUUCUGGCAGAAGAGCCAGGUCCCUUGGGGCCUGGGGCCCUACUGGCCAUCCUGAACUUCCUAAAGAGGGUGGCUGCUCUCAGAGCUGAGGAGCAAGAGCUGCUGACCAAUCCCUUGGAGGAGCUUGGCAGAAGCUUCGUGUCUGUGGCCAGCCUGGCCCUGGGGGAGCAAUCAUCCAGUGCAUGGCUGUCUGUCAGGGAGGUGGUUGGUGGGCCUAUGACGCUGGUGAUGAGUGUGCAACGUAUGGCAUCCCUGCUGAGCUCCACGCUGACCAUUGCGCAGCCUCACAUCCACAUCCAGCAUCGCCUUGCUGGCCUGGCGGUGCAAAGUUUGCACCUGAGAGGGGCCAGCAUUGGUGGGCACACAUUCACCAUUCCUGGCGGGCAUCCGAAUGAACCAGGCCACAUCCACAUCCCUGCGGGCGAAGUGAAGCGGCUCCUCGAGAAAGGUCUCCCUGAAGUCACAGUCAUCCACACCUGGUUCACGUCAAGCAUCUUCCAGUAUACCCUGGGGGCAACCAGCCUAGAGUCCCAGGCCCCUGGUAGCUCAGAGGAGGCGGGGACGCAGAGGUCCCUAAGCACCCAAGUGGGGUCAGCUAUACUCUCCUCUGAGGUAUGGGACACUGCUGGAGAGCUGAGCACAGCUGUGACCUUUCACCUGCAGCACCAGGCUCAGGGCCCAUACAUCUUCCUUGUCUACGCUGUUUACAAUGGGGAGGUGCAGAAUGCAUUACGGAGGAUGGCAGAGAAGAAGGCAGCUGAGGUGCUCAGGGCAGAGCAGGUGCACCUGACCAAGGGCAAGGGGACCCAUGGACCCAGGAUCUCCACAGCCUUCUCUUCCAUUGCAGAACCCAGGAGACCGGCCGUGGAGCUGACAGCAUUCAGGACUUCAGGGGUCUAAAGGGCACGUGCAGGGUUUUCCUCCUAGCCUUUCGGGAGCUCAGCGGCCAGAGGACCUCUCAGCUCAGCGUCGGAACCCCAGACUGAAUGAAAUGCACACCCGGCA